CAGUCAGCCAUAUGGAUGCGGGAGCUCCAAAUGCCCAAGAGGCGAUUCGCGGGCGGAGCGGAGGCUGGCCGGCAAGUACAUCGAGGCUCGGCGACAGGCGCCAAUCAGCUCCACCACGAUUACUGAUUACUCGGCCCUCAUCAACAACCAACGCGGACACAGUGGCUUGCUCUGGUGCAAGGUUCGUCGAUUGGGCCAGCAUGUGGCCCUUUAUCUCGGAACCUGCUCGGAACGUUGCGAUGAACUAGCUGCUCGUGAAACUUUGUUGAUGAGUAGACUCAUCGACCGGACGCUGUAGCCAGCUAUAAAGGCUGCUGCGCGGGGCUCAGAUGGCUGAAUUCAACUCCUCGUCGUUUCUAUCUUGACAAUUAACACCAUUGUAGUUUAUUCGGUUACCUCUCAGUUUCCAUCACAACCCGUAGCUCUCACAGGUCGUCAUGGGCCGAACACUCACUUAUCCCAAACGAAGCACAAACACGGUCAAGCGCUAUGGCCAUCGAGCAACUUAUGAUAUCCGAGCAAUUCAUUCGAUCAUCAAUACCAGCCAGGUCCUUCAUGUAUCGUUCAGCCCGGGCCCAGACGAGCCGUUCCCAGCAACGAUCCCAAUGAUCGGCCAGAUGGGCUCAUUUGAGUAUCCUUCUGCUGAUCUGGGCGAGCCCUUGGAUUGUUAUAUUCAUGGUUAUGUCAGUGCGCGGAUGAUGAAUAUCGCUCGCGAUUCUGAGGAAGGGUUGCCCGUCUGCAUCUCAGCAGCCAAGGUCGAUGGGCUUAUCAUGUCCCUCACACCUUUCUCCCACAGUUACAACUACCGUUCAGCCAUUCUCCAUGGCUACGCAAAGCUAGUCACAGAUGAUGAGGAAAAGUCCUGGGCUAUGAAACUCAUCACAGACUCUGUGGUUCCACAGCGUUGGGACAACAGUCGAACCCCUCCAGACAAGGGCGAGCUAGCCUCCACUUCGAUCUUGAAGGUUAAGAUUGUUACAGGAAGCGGCAAAAUUCGGGAUGGAGCGGUGUCUGAUGAAAAGAAGGACUACCAGAACGAAGAGGUAACAAAUCGCGUCUGGACAGGCGUGAUUCCUGUUCAUGAGGUUUUUGGAGAACCCAUCCCGUCUCCUGCAAACAAGGUUAAGGAGCUCCCAGGCUAUAUCAGGUCAUAUAUAGAUACCUCAAACCAACAGAAUGAGCAGUACGCUGUUUCCGCUACCAACAUCGAACUACCGAAAGAGGAGCAGCAUUGACGAAGAGUGCGCGGGGCUUGUAUGAUCCAAUAACAUUUACAACAGUAGUUAUUUAUGAAUAUUGCCCAGUUUUAUCUAUACUUUUCUUAUCUAUGCCAAUUCGUGCCGUUCACGCUUAACAACAUUGAAAUCAAUUUAUAUACUUCAUGUGCGGGGUGCGGGGAAAUUUAACAAACAUUUGAGCAACUUGAAGCAAACAUUUUACAGAUGGUCACAUAAUCAAAAUUGUACAAAGCUG